AGUUAGUUGUGAGGAUGAUAGGAGUUGUAGUUUGGCAGCAGUUGGAGGUUGUAGUUAGUCGUGGACAUGAUGGGAGUUGCAGUUUGGCAGCAGUUGGAGGUUGUAGUUGCGGACAUGAUGGGAGUUGUAGUUCGGCAACAGUUGGAGGUUGUAGUUAGUUGCAGACAUGAUGAGAGUUGUAGUUUGGUAGCAGUUGGAGGUUGUAGGUAGUUGUGGACAUGAUGGGAGUUGUAGUUUGGCAGCAGUUGGAGGUUGUAGUUAGUUGCGGACAUGAUGGGAGUUGUAGUUUGGCAGCAGUUGGAGGUUGUAGGUAGUUGUGGACAUGAUGGGAGUUGUAGUUUGGCAGCAGUUGGAGGUUGUAGUUAGUUGAGGACACGAUGGGAGUUGUAGUUUGGCAGCAGUUGGAGGAAUUCCUCCGGGUCAUGCGGACAAUAGACGACCGGAUCGUCUACGAGCUGAACACCACCGUCCCCACCGCGUCCUUCGCCGGAAAGAUCGACGCCAGUCAGACCUGCCAGCAGCUGUACGAGUCCCUCCGCGACGCGCACCGAUCCCGGGAGAAGGCCAUAAAGAGCUGCAUAUCCCAGACGUCCAUCAAUGUGAACAGGUACCAAGAGGAGAGGAGACGGGAGCUGGAGAACCUGACGCUAAUGAGACAGCUGAGGAAAGAGCAGACCAAGUUAAAAUUGCUGCAGUCAGAGCUGAAUGUGGAGGAGGUGGUGAACGACCGGAGCUGGAAGAUAUUUCACGAGCGUUGUCGGCUACACUACAAGCCCCCGAAGGAGCAGUAACCCAGGGACUCUGAUGGGGGGCGCUGGGCUCCGGGUGAACACCGCGCGAUGGAGAACUGGAUGACGUGUACUUUAUCUCGUCUACGAUUGGACAAAGCCAAUAAUAAGCGCAAGCGCCGUGACUGCGCAGAGAUCGGCACGUGAGGAGGGGAACAACCCGCCAUUUUGUAUGAAAUCUGUAGUUUUAUGACCAUUAAAUCUCAUUUUCAGACUGAA